UACUAUUCUCAUUAUAAUAUCAAUCCAUACAAUGACGUGACUAAAAUUAACUCUAUAUAUAUAUAUAUACAUACACAUUAUGCGUUUAACUAUACAAUCAACGAGAAACACCACGAUAUACCAUCAAUCGCCAACCGGGAAAUGACGUCAUCAUCACCGUCUCCAAAAGCCUCGAUGCUUUUGUACUGGCACGAGAACCAAUACGAAGACCGAAACUUCCAAAUCCACGGCCGGACAAUCUUCUUCGCCAUGGCUAUAUUCUCCGUCGUCCUUUUCUUGGCCUUACUCACUCUCUACAUCCACCGGAGCUGCCACGUACGCGACCCCAUCAACAUCCAUGCGCCAUCUCCUCCACUCACGCUUUGCGUUAGCGGAGGGCUUGAGCAGGCCGUGAUUCGGAGCUUACCGGUGAUGCUUUGCCGGAGAGAAGCGACGGAGGAGGAGGUGGAGAGGGAGUGUUGUAUAUGUCUCGGUGGUUUCGAAGAAGGAGAGAAGAUGAAAGUGCUUCCUCCGUGUCGUCAUUGUUACCACUGCGAAUGCGUCGAUCGGUGGCUUAAGACCGAGUCGACUUGUCCGCUCUGCCGAGUCUCCAUCCGAGUCGACUCGUCCACGUUGUUGCCUAGGCAAUGAGACUGAAAAACGACGGCGUUUUGAGUGGAUCAGAGUGAUAGUGAUUAAAAAUAUUGUCAGUUUGUUUUUGUCAUUGAGGACUAAAGAUAUUUUAUGCACACAGGGAAGGUUAUAGUUUUUCUUAAAGAAAUUGUUUUUUUAAUGUAAAUUUGUUCCUUGCUGUCUAUAUCAAUGAUU